UUGAUUGGUAAGGUAUAUUGAUAUUGAUGGACAUCCUGUAAUAAUUCUACCUGUUUAACUAGCAAUAUGGAUCGACAAAAGACAAAAUAAACAAUACAAUAUUAGUGUAAUAUUAUAUUUAUUAAUGCAGUAAUCAUAGAGGGCAAUUUGGUUCGAGUUUAUAAUAUAAUAUACCUAUAUAAGUGAACUUAUGACUUUGUUACAGAAAUACUAAAAUACAUCAUCGCAUGAUUUACAUUUGCAAUGACAAGGUAUAUGAUUUGAAUAAUUAAUAGCUAUGCGAUAUGUGUAGGUAGUCUUAUAUUAAUUAUAUUUCCAACUCUACCUAUUAUAUCUCAGGUAAAUUCGAAGUAUAUAUACCUAUAUAUAGUUAUUUUAUAAUCCAUACCUUUUAUUAGAAACUAUAUUGUUCUGCACGAAACUCGUCAUAGUUAAUAUACCUAUUUGAAAAUGGACAAGUGGAUUGGAAAAGUUGCUGUAGUGACUGGUGCAUCUUUUGGUAUUGGAGAAGCAAUAUGUAGGAAAUUAGUUAAAAAUGGAAUGAUUGUUGUUGGAUUUGCUAGAAAAGAAUAUAGAUUACAGGAAUUGAAAAAUGAAUUAAAUGACAAUUUUCAUUACGUAAAAGUUGAUUUAUGUUCGGAAAAAAAUAUUCUGGAUGCUUUUGGAUGGGUAAAAAGUACAUUCAAAUCUAUAGAUGUCCUAAUUAAUAAUGCUGGAGUCUUGAAGCUAACUGAUGUAUUAGGUGACACAAAUGAUUGGAAACUUAUGUUUGAUACGAACGUAUUGGGUCUACACAUUUGCUGUAGAGAAGCUAUUAAAAUUAUGAAGGAAAACGAAAUUAAAGAAGGUCACAUAAUUAACGUUAACAGUAUAACCGGUCAUUACAUAAUGUCUGGAAUGAAAGAUUUUUCAGUUUACGGUUCAACUAAGUUUAGCGUCACUGCGCUUACAGAAUACUUAAGAGAGUUUAUGAGCAUGGAAAAUCUACCUAUCAGAGUGACGAGUAUCAGCCCGGGAUUUGUUGAUACUAAAAUGACCGCAAAAUUCAACUUAGAUAAAGUUGAAGAUAAUGCAACAUUGCAAACAAUUGAUAUUGCUGACGCCAUGUUAUACGCAUUAAGUGCACCUAAACGUGUUAACGUUGCUGAAAUAACUUUAAGACCAUCAAUUGAUAAUAUGGCACAUAUCGUUAACAGUUCAUAAAAAUGUGAUAUUGUCUGUCAUGUGUGGUUGGACUUGGAGUUUAUCCACAGGAGAAAAAUAAUUAUAUUGGACACUUAACUGAUAUUCUCCCAUGUAAUAUAAUAUGUUAUUGUGAUUAUUUAAAAAAAAAUUAUUCAUACAUUUAUACUAUAGUAAUUUGAUUACAAUUAAUAAUUAUAAUAUGUUGUAACGGGUACAUCAUAUUAAUCAAAAUAAACAAUACGAAUUUAUGAAAAAAAGUGAUUAGUUUAUUUAUCGGAAGGUAUUCAAUAUUCUAUAGUAUAGUUUUGUUAAUAAUUGUUUGCACCUAUCUUCAAUUAAACCACAAAUAAUCGGUAUUUAAUUUAAGUUGGAAUCGGAUCAAUAAAUACGUAGAGUACUUCAGAGAUCACGCGGAUUCAGGCCGCUCUCCAGCGGAAGUAUUAUUUGUAAAGGUUUUAAAUUAGAACUAUUUAAAAGGAUGGGCUGUAGUAGAGUACAGACGGUGACUGUUCACGUAGAUCACUCGUUUUGCACUAAAAAUAUAUAUACCGGACAUUUGAUAUAUUAUGCAUACAUCUGAUACACCUGCGCUUAAAUCUACAAAUAGAAAGCAUCAUAGAAAUUUUUUCUAGUUAUACGUAAAACAAAUAAAGGCCUUUAAGACAUAGUAAACAGUUUUUUUUAUCCCGUCGAUAUAAUGUUAUUUAAUUUUAAAUCGGUCGGUGAAACGAAAUCGUAACACCGUAAGAUUCUUGCCAAACAAAGGAAGAAAAACGUAUUAUAACGUAGAUAGAUACCACUGAUGUUGGUAAGUUAAUAAUAACGUUAAACAUAUAAAUAGCUGGUUAUGUGUUAACAUUUGUGAACUUGUGAGUGAUAAAAAUGUGAUCGAUUCUUCGUUAAAAAAAAAAUUAGAAAUCCCAUUAUAGGUACCUAAUUCUUCAUCUACCCCGAUCAUAGAACAUGAAAUAAAUUUUUGUUAACCACUUAAAAAUAGCAUAUAUAUACCUCUGAAUCUUAAAAGUGUCAGCAUAAUAUAUUAUAAAAUGUUACACACGUGAAUUCACAAUAUUAUCACAUUGCACAAAUUCAAUAAUGUUAAACUGUGUACGGUGUAUAUUGUGUUUUUUUGUGAAAUAUAUUAUGUAUAUAUGCACAUUAUAAUGUACUGUUUUUUUUUUAAAUUUAUAUUUAUUCCACUUGGAUGACUUGGUCAUUAGUGUUCAUAAAUAAUUGACAUUAUUGCAGUUUCAUAUAUAUUUUGGUUUGUUGAAAUUUUGUACUUACAUAAUAAUAUAUCAUAUAAAUGAAAUAUAAAACAAAUCCAAUAUUGUUGGCAAAUGCACUCGGUUGAAUAAUAUUGUUGAAAUAUAUAAAUUUAUAAACAUGUAUGGAUACCUUUAUAGUCUGACCGUUGUUUUAUACCAGGUAAUAUAAUUUAUUGUUAAAUUAUUGAAGAUUUAGAUUUUUUGUUUUAUAUUAUCCGUAGGUACCUAUAAUUUUAAUGUUUAACUAUGGGAAGUUAAUUUUUAAUUUUUAAUUAUAAGGCGGUCUCUAAAAAUGUACUAAAAAGGUACGUUUAACUGUCAUUAACGGAACAUCACAAUGAUCACAAUGCACUGCGAGCACGCAAUAUGCCAUCCAAAUAUCCAAUAAGUACUGUAUAUAGUAAUAUCAUGUAAUUAAUAAUUAGCGACGUACGCCGCUGGACUAGGGUCGAGCACAAUUAAUUAAACACAGCGAGUCUGCAGUUUUACUUGAUGGUAUAUCUAAUCCGACCGAGAGUAUCUAUACUUUUAACAAACUUAUCCGCCAUUAAGGGCAAUACAACAAAGGGUAAACGAAAAACGCAUUCCGUAAUAACUGUUGUGGACUCAUACUUCUCUUAAAUAUAAAUAAUAUACAAUAUAUCUUAUAGGCACCCGACAUCCGUAACUAUAAUAUUGUUAUACCUACAUCGACAGGGAAACCAUAUUAUGUAAAUACUGCUAUGGUAGUCAAACAUCGUUAGCAUAUUAGCUUUACGUGAACUUAAAAAACACGAUCAUCAUUCAUUCUGGCUUGAGACUAUAAUUAUGUUGAGAGAUUUAUGAUGGGCGGUUUUAAUACUUGCAUGUUUAUUGAUCCUAGCUCAGCCAAGUGUAAUUUACGAUAGCCCGCAGUAGUUAUUAUUGUCAGAAUUAGUUUAUCCGAUGACCAAAUAUUUAAUUUGUUUUCCAUGUUUUUUAAAAAGGUAAAGUAGCUCGGAUAUAAAUAACUUAGAUAUUAUGUACCUAUGUAUUUAAAUUAUUUAACUGUGUAUUCAGCUCAUCGUAAUAGAUCGAGGGCGUCGGAGCCGGUGCGUUUUUUAGUACAAAAACAUGUACCUAUUAGGGGAAAAAUUUUCUAACGCCAUGCCAUGUGGAAUAGUCGGAUUUCGUUAAUUUUUUUUUAUUAAAAAGCAUAAAACACUUUGCAGGCCGGAUCAAAGCCUGAUUUUCAAAAUUAUAAUUACAGCUAGAUGCUAAAAUAUGCAUUUGAAUGACGCACAUUAUAUUUUGUUCUCGUUCAAACGCAUUUUUCUAUACUACUAUUUAAAGUAAAAUGAAAAUUCGGCCUUUGAUCUGGCCAUGAAAAAUGUUCUGUUCUUUUAAAUAAAAAAAAUUAACAAAAUCAACUGUUCUACAGGGCUUGAGAAUUUUUCCAGUGAAGUCAUUUUCGUUGACAUAAUAUCUCCCCCCUCCCUUAAUAGGCAUCGAGUUGUAGAUUAGUGUAAAAGUUUAACAAUCAAGACUGCAGUAACUAAAAUUUGCAAAUAUAAUUUUAAAUUUUAUAUAAUUUUGAAAAAUUGGAAAGACCUACACCGACACAUUAAUUGUUAUUUUUCUACUUUUAUUAUUUUUAACAUUAGGGUUUAUUAAGUUUUUAGUAAAAAUAUACUAGAAUAAAAUAUAUGUCAUCGUGAAUUUCUGUAACGUUCAAUGAAUAACUUUCUAUGUGUAUAAUUGUAAUAAAAAUCAAAAAGAAUAAGAUAAAAUAAAUUCUCAUCUAUUUCAACAUAUAACUAGCUAUCGGAUAUUAGGUGUAUUUGUGUUUUAAUUAAUGACCAUGUUUUUUUAUUUUAGUUAAAUAAUAAAAUUCAUAAAAAAUAUUGAUUUUUCAAACUUUCCUACAGAUUAAUUUUACCAUAUAAAUUGAUACGAACACAGAUGCUUAUAUCGAGAUUACAGCUGUUAUAUUCAACACUAAAAAUAUUCUAUUUCUAUUUUUAUGACUAUAUUUUUAUUUUAGUAUUUUAAAUUUUCUCUACAGAUUAAUUUUACCAUAUAAAUUGUUACGAACUCGGACGUUUCUAGUGAGUUAUAAUUUCCUUACUGCAGACUACAGCUGUUAUACUCAAAAGUAACAAAAUUCAAUUACGAAACGGAAAAGUGGGUAGGAACAGUUGCUGUAUAGUCAUAGGCCCUGCGUUUGGAGUUGGGGUCGCAACAAGUAGAUUGCUGGUUAAAAGAGAAAUUAUCGUUAUUGGACUCGAUAUAUAUCGAAAAGUUACUUAAUGAAGUUAUUUGUUUUAGUAAAAAAUAUUAUUAAUAGGUUGUGUAAUAGUAGAUAGGAAUUAAUAAAUAGUUUUAACUGUGUGUUUUAGCUAGAGAAUCAAGCAAAAAAAUUAUUGAACGGUGACUCAAACGUACAUUUCAUAACAUUUUCAUAACUUACGUCUAAAAAAAUAUACUUUAUGCUUUUGAAUGGAUAAAAAACGAUACUGAAAUGUGUUGAGGUUCUAUUUAUUAAUGAUGCAGUUUUGAAAUGCACCGAUUUGUUGGGUAUCUACGCUUCAUUUUAUUCUUCAAUAUACAUUCAUAAUAUUUGUGUGUAGUGAUUAUGAUUUACUUUGUUUGUGCUAGUAAAACGACGAUAAUAUAAAAUGCCUAUGGUGACGCUUAAUUCAAUUGCAUUAAAAAAUAAACAUGAUGUAAUGAAUAUAUUAUUACAAUUUUUAAAAGUUAUGGGACAGGAUCUAAGUCGCGGUAGGUACUUAUACCACGAAUCAUGAUACGCGAUAUUAUGUUUUGCAAACUGUCUUUGGACUCAGUAAUUGUACAGUAUUAUUUAUGUGAAAAAAAUUAAUUACUAUAUUAUGUAUAUUUAAAUUAUUAUUAAUUAUUUAAAUUUUUCUUUAUGUAUAACGGAGUGAUUGAAAAACGAUGUUUGAAUGUUUGAUACGAAAGUCUUAGACCGUAGAUUUGUAACUGGCAAAGAAGCAGUGACAAUCAUGAAUGACAAUAUUAUUAUGAAAAUGGUAAGACAUAAUAUCAUAAAUAUUAAUAACAGGUAAUAUUUCCAUAUUUGGAGUUUCAAUUAUUUUAAAUAACCUAGUUAUUGAAUAAAUCCGCUUAUGCAAUUUAUACGAAUACUAUGUAUAAGGUGGGUACAUUUAUUGAAGUCAUGAAAUGCACGUGCUUAUAAUAUUACUAUAAUAUUUAAUACUAUAUAAUAUAUACUAUCUAUAUAGUAUAAUAUCAUACUAUAUUGUAAAACCUUCCAAUCAGGGUCAUCAUGAUAUUUUUUACUCGGUUUUAAAAUUUUGUAUUUCAUUUUACUUUGUGUAUUUUAAAUAAAAUUGUAUUUUAGCUGCUGACAUUCUAAGCACGCGUGAGUUAACUUCACAAACGUUUAAUUUAGGUGUUUCAAAACAUAUUUAUAUUUCACGGUUCUCGAACAUGAUUCAUAGCUUUUCUGUUCUUUUCAAUUUUAGAUUCUCAGUACUGGGCUAAUUGACAUGGAAUUGUCUACAGGGACCUCUGAAAUGGAAGUUCCUAAGUUGAAAGCCACUGAAGUAGCUGACACGAUUGUAAAUGUUUUAUUUUUUCCACAAAACAUAAAAUAUAUGAAUAACAAAAAUAUUUUUUUGAUUUAUUUGUAAAAGAUAAAAAAUAUUAAGAUGACUCAAAAAGCAUGGGUACCGUCGUCUUAACUAGAAUUUGUAAAAUUACUGAUUUACAAAAUUGAAUCUUUAACUAAUAAUAAUUAAUAUAUUUAUAUUAUUUUAUGUAUUUAUU